UAUUUGGUAACCGCAAUUACCUAGUCGCAUACAAAUAACCACUUUCAAACAACCUUAAGUGUCGAAAGCGAAAAGCGUUUAUGUUUAUAGAUGUUAUGGACGCGACUCGAUCAUUUGAGAGUAUAACAUGGAGUCUUCUGCAAUACUUAAUAUCGUGAUUCCAGAAAGAUUAAGGCGCAACACUGAUGUUACAUAAAAAGAUGCCAUAUUGAAUAUUGAUGCAACUUAGACGUCUAGCAGCUGAGACAAAAUUAUGUCAGGUUGCGACUCCUACCGUCCAAUCAAUUCGUGCUGGGGGUACGGCCAACAGAUGGACAACUCGCACUCCACCAUACAGAAGUUGAGUACCCUGUAUUGUGACCCAGAGAUGAGUGACCUCCAGCUGGUGGUUGGAGAUAAGGUGUUCCACACCCACAAACUCAUCUUGAGCAUCUCCAGUGAUGUGCUCAAAACGAUGCUGACCAGUCCAACAUGGCCGGAGUCAUACAAGGACCAGAUCGUGUUACAAGAGGAUCCAGAGUGUGUUGAGGUGUUUGGAGAUUUUUUACAUUACCUAUACACCGGCCGAAUACACAUGAGUCAUUUGACCGUCUUGCCAAUCCUGUCUCUGGCAGACAAAUACAACAUUGGUGACCUUACGUCCCUUUGUAUCGAUUACAUGUGUUCGCAUUGUGUGGCGACGAAACACACGAGUCGGGUUUUAUCCUGGUACACAUAUGCCACUAUGUGUGGACACAAACAGUUGGAGCGUGUGUGCGAAGAAUAUAUUGUUUGGAACUUCCAAUUUGUCAUCCAAACCGACGACUUCUUGUCCAUUUCAGCGGAAAUCCUUGUACAUUUCUUCCAAUCCCCAGACGUUGUUGUAAAAAGUGAGUUAUCAUUGUAUCAAGCUAUUAAAAAGUGGGUUAUGAAGAAACUUGUCAUCAAGGAUUCGAGUGAAUCUGCAAAGUCUGUUAGUUCCGCGGUACAGUUUGUUGUGAGGACUAUAGGAAAACACACUCGAUUCACUCUCAUGACCUACAGUGAACUCCAGUCGCUACAAGACGACGGUUUGGUGGAGAACUUCCCCCAUAUACUAGCAUCUCCGAUAAAGGCAGCUUUACAAGUCCAUAUCGCUCAAAGAAAUCUUGCUCAUCAGAACAAAACAAAUAUUAAUACUAAUCCUACCAAUAGCAGCACAUCAUCAUUGUCCUCGUCCUCAUCAUCAUCAUCAUACAGUAACUUUUUACAAUGUGAAGGAAGAUCUGUUGGAGAGAUUUCAACAGAAAGUCCUCUUGACGGCAGCAAAGACAGAUUGACCUGUUCUGAUCAUCAACUUGGAUCAGUUCAUAAUCAUCAUAGUGCUAAAAUUCCGUCAACCAGUAGAAAUGUUACGGGUGAUUUUUCUAGUUUACCAUCAAACAACCAAAGUGCUGAACUCCUUAACAUUUCUCCAUCAAGAACCCUGUCAACUCAGUGGAGUGCUGCAGCCAGAUAUGAUCUUCCUCGCAUAUACACCUGCGAUUCCUGGUGCACAGAAAUGGUUGUGCCAGAGGUAGCGAAGAUAACUCCUGGUGAUGUCUUGGGGGCAUUUUUCUCAACCCCAGUCACAGGAUGUGAGGAAGACGAUAGUUGUUACUGGGACUGGCACAUUGACCUUUACCCAAAGGGUGUCACCUUCAAAAAGUGCAUGAUGAUUGGUAUGCUUGAGAACAGAGAAAUCGAUGAAGUGCUUUACAAAACUGUGAGACUGACGGUUACAUCAAACACUUCAGAGACCAGGAAGGUGAAAAUAAGUGUGAUGGUGAUUGGGGAAGAGGAAGGUCUGGAGUAUGUUGUACGAGGCUUGACAAAGACCUGUAUUUUUGACGACAAUCAUGUACUGUUCAACAUCAGUGACAUCAUCCCAUAUACCAGUCUCCAUGGAGACAAACCGCUUUACAAGAUCGGUGACAAAAGGGACACGUUCAAGAUUACAGUCGUCAUACGACCUGCCUUAAUGGUUUAAACAUUAGCCAUAGCUAGAUUAAAGGUUUUAGUAUCAACAUGUUAUAUGCAUGUGCCAUGUUCUAUGAUGAUGUGUAGAUACAAUGUCAGCAUUUAAGGAUCCUUGCACCACUCACAAAAAGCUUAACAUAUGUAUUGGAAACAUUAUUUUCUGGCAUUACACUAGCGUUGAUAAAUCAUUUCUGAAAAUAAAACGAAAUCUAACAGAGCUUUAAAAAAAAAAAGAUGAAAUGAACCAAAAAAAGAUUAACAAUUUGGUCUCCAUGUCAACGCCUUUCGAUGCCUUCGUACAGUCUCCAUGUAAAAUACCUCUUUGCCAUUUCUACGCACCUCAUUUCUUCCAUAUUUUUUCUCCACCAAAAAGGCAUUUUCUCUCCAAUACUGGCAAUAGGUAAUUUGAGUAAGAUCUACUUGCAUUGGACAAAAAUUGAAGCAAUUACGGAAUAUUUUGGUACCUUGCUGUUUUGGUUUAUUGGGAAAUUAAAUGACAAAAUGUUAUCAUUUCUAACAUGAAUUUUAAUUUAUGACUUUGGGAAAGAGCAUCGUUGGUUACUCAGGGCUGAUUUAGCUUCCAUAUUCACUAAUCAGAUGAUUGAGUAAUGAAGUGAAAUCAGCUGUGGGUAUCUGACGCUGAGAAAGAUUUGAUAUUCAGGAAAGGUUUGAAUAAUAAUGUAAAUUUUUCAUGGUCAGCCUUGAUCAUCCCCCUUUCCAUUCCCCCACCAAAAAAAACACCUUUCAAAAGAAAGGGCAGAACUCCAAACUUGAGUCUAUUUAUAAAUAUGACUAAGGUGAUGAUAUAUUGGAUGGAUAUUAUAAGUCAUGCAUGUGAUCAAUGUUGUUUUUAGUUUAUCUGAACAUGAAGGGAUGAUUAUCAUUAUAUAUUAGUCAUUUGACUUAGUAUAAUUUUGGAUAUCAUUGAGAAUUUUCCAAGUGUUACCAAUGGAAUGCAUUGAUAACCACUUAUAAAAGAAGGUUUACAUUGCUAGUAUAUGGGGCCGCAGUGGCCGGGUGGUUGAGGUGUCAUGACCAUCUACAAUCACUAGCCCCUACCACUGGGUCGCAGUGGCCGGGUGGUUGAGGUGUCAUGACCAUCUACAAUCACUAACCCCCACCAUUGGGUUGCAGUUUCAGGCCUACAUGGGGCAGUCACUUAGUACUGGCCACAAGACUGGUUUAAUUUUCCUCUGGGUACUCCACCUUUCCUCCACCACCCAAGCCUGGCACAUCCUUAAUUGACCAUAGCUGUUAAUAGGUUUGGUUUGGUUUGGUUUUAUAUUGUUUAACGUCCUAUUAACAGCUAAGGUAAUUAAGGACGUGCAUCUAUGUGUGUUGUGUAAGCGUACAAGUGUGUAUGAAUGCUGGAGACGGGGUAUGUUGCUGUGCUUGCCUCCUUGUGAUAGCGCAGAUCUGAUGCCGACUUUAUAGUGGUACCUCACUGAAAUACCAUGCCGAAGG